UAAAGCAUAAAAACAGAGAAAAAUCUUAAAAAAAAGCCCUUACAUUCGAGAGAGGGACAUAGGAAGAGGUUUCUUCUUCUUCGGAGUCUUUGCCUUUUAACCGACUUGCCGGUUAUGGAUCAAAGGGUGAAGAAGGAAGCUGAAGAGAUGCAGCAGAGAACGACGUCGUUUUCUGGUCGGAGACUUAAGUAUGCUGGCGAAGAAGACUUGACUCUCGCUCAGUUAUCUCACACUCCUAACCUCAAGCCUUCUUCCUCGAGAAAGAAGAAGAAUGAUAAGGCGUUAACGGAGAGAAGAGAGAAGCGAAAGAAGAGCCAAUCCGAGUCCAUAAUCAAACAUGCAGUGUCGGAUUCUGGAGGGAAACAAAUAAGCUCUAAGAAAAAUAUCAGCGGAGAUGGUGGCAAAUGCACUCCUGAAAUUAAGUCACCAGCUAUGAUUCGUGCAGAUGAGGUUCAGUCAAACCUAGAACCCGAAUUUCCAAGUUUUGCAAAAUCUUUGGUCAGAUCACAUGUUGGAAGCUGUUUUUGGAUGGGGCUUCCUGGGAUGUUCUGUAAAAUACAUCUGCCUAGGAAAGAUACUAUGAUCAUUUUGGAAGACGAGAGUGAGCGCCAAUUUCAUGUAAAAUACUAUGCUGAUAAAACGGGUUUGAGUGCUGGUUGGAGACAGUUUUGUAGUGUGCAUAAUUUGCUUGAGGGAGAUGUUUUGGUCUUCCAGUUAGUUGAACCAACCAAGUUCAAGGUAUACAUAAUAAGGGCGAAUGAUUUGACUGAACUGGAUGGGGCUCUUGGCCUCCUAAAUUUGGAUGCACAUACAAAACAAAGUGAUGCAGAAAACGAUACAAUGGUCUUUAAGAGUGCAAAGAGGAAACGUCAGGAUAUUUGCAUUAUAACUGAAUUUCCGAAAAGAAAAAUAGAUGAUCCAGAAGCUGAUACAACGGUCUUUAAGUGUACAAAGAGAAAACGUCCAAAAUCUCUUCCACUAGCUGUUGUUCAAAAGAAGAAUAAGAGGUCUGGCCUCCAGAGGUUGGCUUGUAAUCUUGAGCAGCCAGCAGAGCAAUCUGAAAAUGAUAGUGAAGAAGUUGGUUCAGAAGUUUUGGAAGGUUUCAAGCGAUCUGUGCCUACCAUUCAAUUCAAAGACAUAACAAGUUUUGAGAACUUCAACAUUUUGGUUGAUGGUUCGGUUAUAGAUUCUGAGCUCUCAGAAGAUAUUCGUGAUAAAUACUACAAGCUAUGCUGUAGUCAAAAUUCUUUCCUUCAUGAAAACAUUAUCCAGGGUAUAAAUUUUAAAUUGAUAGUUGGAACCAUUUCCGAGACUGUCAAUAUUGCUGAUGCCAUAAGAGCUAGCAAGCUCACAACAUCUCGAGACGACUUCGAUAGUUGGAACAAGACCUUGAAAGCCUUUGAGCUGUUGGGCAUGAAUGUUGGAUUCUUAAGAACUCAACUACACCGGCUUGUAAACCUUGCAUUUGAAUCAGAAGGUUCUGCGGACGCAAGGAGGUACAUUGAAGCUAAAACUGAGCGAGCUCAGAUAGAGGACGAGAUAAGAAAUCUUGAAGCAAAACUUGCUGAGUUGAAGGAUGCCUGUAAAACGGUUGGAGUUGAAAUUGGUAGCUUGCAUUCUAAAGCAGAAAUCUAUGAGCUCAGAUUUGAGGAAGAAGUUAAGGCUCCAUGGUGAGAUUGCCUUUAAGAUGCAAUGAUGGUUCAUAUCCACAGUUAUUUUCUUGCCCUUAUGUAUGCAUAAUGCCUCUGACUCUAGCAAGAUACCAAUCCUAGUUUGUAUCAAGAUAUUGACUGGAGAUUACCAGGCUGUAGGAAAUCUGUAAACGGUAGUGAGAUUUAUAGUCAGUUUAGCUUUCAUCGCCUGUUAUGGUUUCGUUAUUAUUUGCUUUUUUCUGAAUUAACUUGGAUGAUUAGGUGACACUGGAGAAAUGAUAGGACUGCUCUUUCUUUCCCUUGCAUGAGGCUUUAAUGCUUAUAUCUUUAUUUCGAUGUUAAUGGGAUAAUUGUGAUCUGGUAAAGGAUCUUAUUCUAAGAUCGUGGUUGAGGUUGGCAAAUAGGAUCAACUAAAGUAUGCUUCAGCCUCGAUGGCAAUAAGACAAUCGUGAAUAUAGUUUGAGACCAGACAGAGAUAGAGUAUGUCCUGAUUGCAGUUUUAUUUACAUUUAUUUACUUCAUGAAUUGGCACUUUCUUACCUGGUUUGAUGAAAGCUUAGAAAGUAACUCAAAUACUCAACAGUAGACACAAGUGUUUAUUUUCCGACAGUAAGAUUGGGAUGGCCUAAUAGCUAUACCAUGAACAAGUAGUCAACAGUCAUCGACAUAGAUGAACAGUCGGGCAUUAGAUGUCACAUUAAUAGCUGAUCACUUGCC